GCGCCUGCUGAGCGGUCGAGGAACUAGCCGCGGCCGACGCGGAUGGGUGGUUCCCUCCGUGGCCGAGUAGAAGGGAGCGCGCUGCACUGGAGGGGCUAGACCGAAGGAGCGGGUCGGGGAGCCCGAGGGGUGGCUCGGUCAGUCAGCUGCUUCGCAGCCUCUGAGUGCCCAGGGAAGAAGAGACGCUUGAGCUUCGGCUGUCAACGGUAGGAGCAGCAGCAGUUUCAUGGACAUGCUUUGAAAUAUAUUAGCACAAGAGAAUUGGACUAGAAGUCAAAAGACCUGAGACUAACUAGUUAUGUGAUCUUGAGCAAACUGGCUAUUUUAAAAAUUCAACAAAUGUAUUCCACACUUGAAAUCUGCUGUUUUCUUCUACUACCACCUCCUUUAGAAAUCUGACUUCUUAAACAAAAGAUAAAAAAGGAAUCAACGGUAUAAGAAGAUGUUGGGAUCUGAACGUGGUGUAGUGGAAGAAUGGCUUUCAGAAUUCAAGGCAUUACCUGAAACUCAAAUCACCAACUAUGCAGCAACUCUGCACAGGAAAAAAACACUGGUACCUGCUCUCUAUAAAGUCAUUCAAGACUCAAAUAAUGAGAUACAGCCUCCUCGAUGUCUCUGCUGUUUACUGGAGUGAGUUUGAAGAAUUUCAGCUCCUAGAACCUGUCUGUCACCAGCUUUUUGAACUAUAUCGUAGUUCUGAAGUUCGGCUCAAGAGAUUCACUCUGCAAUUCUUACCAGAAUUGAUAUGGGUUUAUUUACGACUUACUGUUAGCCGGGACAGACAGAGUAAUGGUUGCAUAGAAGCACUGCUACUAGGGAUCUAUAAUUUGGAAAUUGCUGAUAAAGAUGGAAACAAUAAAGUGCUAUCUUUUACUAUCCCUUCCUUAUCCAAGCCUUCGAUAUACCACGAGCCCUCAACUAUUGGAUCUAUGGCCUUGACAGAGGGAGCACUGUGUCAGCAUGACCUCAUUAGGGUAGUUUAUAGUGAUCUUCAUCCUCAGAGGGAAACAUUUACUGCACAAAACAGGUUUGAGGUUUUGAGUUUUCUCAUGCUCUGCUACAACUCGGCUAUUGUUUAUAUGCCUGCCUCCUCUUAUCAGGCACUGUGCCGCAUGGGCUCCAGGCUUUGCGUGAGUGGUUUUCCACGGCAAAAUGAAAAACACUGGAAAGAACCCUGUGGCCGAAUAGUAUUGGAUCCUGAAUUUAUGGUGCAGCUUCUGACAGGGGUCUAUUAUGCCAUAUAUAAUGGACAGUGGGAUCUUGGCCAAGAAGUACUGGAUGAUAUUAUUUACAGAGCCCAACUAGAACUUUUUUCUCAGCCAUUACUGGUUGCUAAUGCCAUGAAGAAUUCAUUACCAUUUGAUGCUCCUGAUUCUUCACAAGAAGGUCAGAAAGUACUUAAAGUAGAGGUUACACCCACAGUGCCAAGAAUUUCUCGGACUGCAAUCACAACUGCUUCAAUUCGUCGCCAUCGAUGGAGGCGAGAAGAUGGCUUUGACUUCUCAAACGAGGCUGACUCGAGUAUUCCUGGCUCCCCGAUCCAACACGGCUCCACAGACCUAGGGAUCAAACGUGUGCAAGAGGGGGAGGUGCUGAUGCGCAGGACCCCUGAGCAUGGCUCGCCGGAGCCCACCUUGGCAGCAGCCACAACAGAGGGUGCUGAGGGUGUAAAUGGAGGAGAGGAGUCUGUGAACCUGAAUGAUGCAGAUGAAGGAUUUUCAUCAGGGGCUUCCCUCAGCAGUCAGCCAGUUGGGACCAAACCAUCAUCCUCCUCUCAGAGGGGAAGCUUAAGGAAAGUAGCAAGUGGGCGUUCAGCCAAGGAUAAAGAAACAGCUUCUGGUACCAAAUGCAUCGAGAGCCCUCGAGAGUCCGUAGUUCGUAAGCAGUACACACACCAACCAGCUGAUAUUAGUGUAGAUUCCAUUGAGUUGACCCCGAUGAAGAAACACCUGAGCUUACCUGCUGGCCAGGUGGUGCCAAAAGCUAAUAGCUUGAGUUUGAUCCGGACGGCCAGUGCUUCCUCAAGUAAAUCAUUUGACUAUGUGAAUGGCAGUCAAGCCAGUACAAGCAUUGGGGUUGGCACUGAGGGAGUUACUAAUUUAGCAGGUAGCAAUGUCAAUCGAUUUUCAACUAUCAGUCUACAGGAAGACCGGCUAGGUCAAGCUGGGGAAGGUAAAGAUCUUCUCAGUCCGGGAGCCCCCCUAACUAAGCAGUCUCGCUCCCCAAGUUUCAAUAUGCAGCUGAUAUCACAGGUGUAGUUUUGACAGCUCUGCUUUCUUCUUUUGCUUAUCUUUUAAAAUCAAACAUUUCAUUGUGCAAGAAGAAACUUCAUCCCACAGUCUGAAACUACUGACCAUUGUAAUCAGAUUUUAUUUGGUUUAGGUAUCAUCAUACUGUAUUUUGUACUGAAACAGCAAUAAGAUUUUCUUUCCCUUCCUAUUCUUCCUCUCUACUUCCCAAUCCUCCCUCUCUCCCCCCCAAAAAUGUGUUUGUGAAGCAGUAUAAAAUGUAUGCCUUUUUCAUGCCUUCCUUUCUCCUUGGGUGAUGUGCAAUUCAUCGUAGGCUGAUCGGUCCCAUUUCAACACUGUGAGACUGCAGAGACAUUAGAGGAAAUGGUGUAUGUGAUCCCUAUGAAAUGAUUCUUUGGCUUUGUUAAGAAAUAGAAAACGGGUUUUCUCAAUGCACAGAACUAUGAAAACUACUGGAUUGUAUGUUUGUUUUUUUUCCCUCAAAACCAGGAGUGCCUCAGAGAUUCUACUAUGACUUGGGACUUCUCUGAGUUUGUGCAAUCUUUUGUUUCUUUCUUUCUUUCUUUUUUUUUAAAUUUUUAAGAAGUUUGGGGAAAGGAGAUGGGUGGAAAUAGAUCAGAUGUGCUCCCUAGCUCUGCUGCACUUUUUCAUUAAAAUGAGGAUAGCUCUUUUCCCCAACUCUUUUACUCUUAAAUGUUAAAACAUUUAGUCACUGAAACAUUCAAACCAAGUUUUAAUCGUCUCCAUUACAGAGAAGACUCUUAAGUUUAUUGUACAAAUGGUAAUGCACUUUUAUUGGCUUUAUAGCCAAAUUUAAUAUAAUGUCUUCCCUUUUUCCCACCAGGACAUAUAGGGUUAUUCUGUCUAUUGGUUAAAAUUUGAUACAAUAAACAAGUCCAAGAAUCCAGACGGGGUAUCCUAUUUCUUAGACAUGAUGAACAGUUUAUGAGUUGUUGAUGACUGAUUCAAAUAAGUAUAUCUUCAAGUAAACAGAGAAAUUUAUCAGCUCAUUUUCAGUGAUACCGUUAAUUAGUGAAGCCCUCUCAUUCAGUGACAUAUUUUGGAUUAAGAAAUCUAAUCCUAAAAUUAUAUGCUUCAUGGAGGUACGUAAGAUAACUUGCUUGGGGGAAUCACUGAAGAUUCAGUAUGAUACAUUUUUAGAAAACAAUUUCCUACUAGGGAAUAUUGAAAUGUUUUCUGCUAAUAGGACCACACUACCUUUUUAUUCAUCAGUUUACUACAGUAUGUGAACAUGUUCAACAUCGAUUUGAAAGUGUUUUCCGCAUCCUUUUGAAAAUUUUAAAAUCAUGUCAUUGAGCCUGACAUUAAAUGUAUGACUAGCUUUUAGAAAUUGUGCAAGAAGCUACAAAAGUGUAUCUUUUGAAAUUCUGAUUUGAUUGAAAAAUCAUUUUAGAUACUACAUAGCUUCCCUGAGUCUUUUGGCUUUGCUAAUUAAAAUAGAAGGAAAUAUGCUGCCUUUGGAAAAUAAACGCAUAUACACAUGCUCACAGAGAACAGUGUCUGUCACUCUGCUGUCUUGGAAUCACAUAAGUUAUCUUCCUAUAACACAGAUCAGUGCUAAUGUUAUGCAGGUUUUUUUUAGGCAUUUUUCAUGGUUAUUGUGGAAAAAAUGUUUUGGGGAAUUCGUAGAAAAUAGAUUUUUCUCUUAAAAUUCAAAAAAGUUGUAAGAAAAAUUCUAGAAAUUGAAAUUUUAUUGAAAUUUGAUAAACAUGAAUGCCAGAAAAGGCCCUUAAUUCUUCAUUUUUUAAAAUAAAAAGAAUCUUUUAAUUUUGAUGGGAAAGAUUUUCAAUUACUAGAACAAUUAGAUUCUUAUUUCAAGAUGACGUUGUCAUAUUUUCAGUUCAUAUGUAGAUCAGUGAAUCAAAGAUACCUAUACCACUGGCAAAACCCAGAAGUAAGGUAGAGAUUUUAUAUAUACACAUUUGCAUAUGUACAUGCAUAGAUGUAUGUGUGUAACUAUCUCACAUUUUAGACAGGCACAAUAUAUUUUUUUUUAAAUUGGUCCAUAAAAAUACCAUAGAAAUGAAAGACAUCUUAAAUAAAUGAGAAGGCAGAAUUUUGACCAUAUUAAAAUUUCAUGUAUAAAAGGAGAGGAUCACUUGUAGAUUACUGGAAGUAAUGAGUAACUGUUUUGCAGAAGACAUUUAUUUUUAAAAGAGCAAAAGAUUUGUCUUUUGUAAAAUUCAGUGAUUCCACAAACAUUUGUUAAGUGUCUUCAAGCACAAAAUUACAAGUAUAAAUAGGAGUCUGAAAUAAUAAAUAGUUCAAAACUUCAAAGUCCCCCUUUUUUCUUGCUCAAAGUACAAGAUGUAUAUAUAAACUUGGUUUUGAAAAAUAUUAUUUAUACUUUGGAGAUAUAUCUAUACUCAGUGUACACAUGCAUACUUAUUAUACCCAUCAGAACAUCAUAAUUUUGAUGAACAGUUGUGUUUUCAUUAUGUCCUUUUAUUUACUACAAUUAGAUUCUAUUUUUGAAACAUUUUAUUGAGUUAAAAAUAAAUAUCCAAGUUGUUAAUAGUAGUUAAAAAAAUAAUAAAAUGGCAUUAUCAUUGAGUUGUCAGUUUAGGAAAAUGCCUUAUGGCUUCCGGUGUAGGUUUUUAUAUGAUUGUUUGGUUUAUUUGUUGGCACUUUUUUCUUGAAGUAAUGCCUUUUUGUAUACACCAUAAUUGGGAUAUAAGCAUUUGGAAAUCUUUAUUCAUGUAUUUUUGUCAUAAAAAUUAAUUCAUUUUAGACUGGCUAUUCAUAAUUUCCAUAAAGUGUCUUACAGAUAAUUAUAACAAACCUAACCUUAAAUGUGUCACCAAAAUCAGAAUUGAGCCAUCUAUAGUAAAGCUAUUAAGGAAUGAAAUGCCAGUUGUCUAUAAUAAAGUAGGUUUUCAUUGAUGGUUGCCCAUAUUAGAUCAUGAUUUGGCAAAGUGCCUGAAGGGAUAGGAAAUAUUUAUAGGGUUAGAGCAGCUUAUUUUAAGCCCAGGUUAAAACAGGUCUUUCACUAAAAAGGAACUUGAUGAGAAGCAAAAUAAAGUAUAAAAUGAAAAGUUGCCUUUGAGGAAUAAAUUAUUAAAAAAAUUUUUUUAAAUAAGCUGCUCUUUGUUGGUAGUAGGGAGAUUUUAAUUUGAAGCUGUUGUUUUUCCUUAGCUUACGCUAUUCUACAUGUGUAUUGUAGAAUCAUGGGAUUUUGGAGCUAGAAGAACUUUGAAGAUCAUUUAGUCCAACCCCUUCCCUCCCAUUAUAGAUGGGAAAGCUGAAGCUCAGAGACAUAAAGUGGCUUGUCCAGUGCCACACAGCUGGUGGAAACUAGGACUAAAUCUAGGAUUCUUGUCUUUAUAGUGCCUAUACUAGGCACUAACUAUUCUUUUACAGUACAUGUAGUAUAUAGCAUCAAGCACUCUGAUCCCUUCAGUCUUUUAUUCUGUUAUUUGGUAAAGCAUUUAAAGGAAAAGAUAUAUGCAAGUAAAAUGUAGAUUAAACCAUUUUUUUCCAGUGGUUGAAUACUACAUACACACAAGUGCUGGAAAUGUAGGUUUCUUUGUACACAUAAGGUAGUAUUAAUAUAUUAUGUCAUAAUUUCUACCACAUUUUAUUGAUAUGCUUCCGUAUUUGAUAAUUUUUCUGAGGCUUUAUUUAAAGGCAAAGUAACUCCCACUGCAAUGACUUAAUAUUUUUGUUACUCAAAUUUUACUAAAAUAUCAAUGUAGUAAAGUAAUUACAAUUUUAAUUGAAUAUUGCAAAUUAGAAUUAAAGUACUGAAGUUUCUGCUCCAGUCUUUUUUUUUUUUUUUUUUUUUUUUUUUAAUAAUGUUUAGAGAUUAUACUUAAUAUUACAUUAUUAAUACAGGUCAAAUUUCCUGGCAUGAAUGGAAAGUUAUAUUUAUUGUAAAUCUUCUGCUUCUUUAUUGUAAUAGUCAUCAUAUCAUAAUAAGUAAAUACCUUAUUAAGUGUCUUGUAGUUGCAGUAGUUUCAGAUGCAUAAGUUUAACAUUUCUAAUCUGAAUUCUCAAAUUCUACUUGUUAACUUUAAAAUUAAUUAUCUGAUUAAUGACAUUAGGAAAACAAGAAUGAAAAAAUUUCUAAUUUGUUUAAUUUGCACUAUUUUAUGAAUAUUAGAAUGAAAUAGUAUUUUCUUUUCCCCACCACUUGAAGUUUGUAUGUGUACUUUGAGUAUGUUUAACAAUCCACUUCCUUCAGUGAAUUCUCUCCCAUCUUCAUUUGUAAAUAGAAAAAAAACAUUUUAGGAUUAAAGGAUAGUAGCCUUCUGCUGAAUAGUGGCAACUAUUGUCCCAACUCUGCCCCAAAAUGUCAAUAUGUGUGUUUUGCAUAUUUGAAGAUCAGUAUUUUAUUUCUGCAUUUUAUUGGAGGGGAAAAGUAUAUGUUCUAAGUCAGAGCUAUUGAGUGAAUCAGGAAAUUCCAUAUAAGCUUUAGAUCCUUUUUUAUUUUAAGGCCAUGUUAAACAGUCUAUAUAUAAAUUAUUUUUCAUCUUUCAAGAUAGUUGAUUGUUUUAUGUUUCAGAGUAUUAAAAAAUCAUUUGACAAGCCUUUGUAAUGAUUAAUUUAUGGUUUGCCUUAAAGAUACAUGUUCUCUAAAAAAUUAUUUCAUAAAACAAAGUGCUCAAAUUCUCUGUAGAAUUUGUCAGAUUACAGAAUAGUAAAAUUGGGUUAAUGAUGCUAAUGAAAUCUUAGUCAUCAAAAUUGGUAUAGUUAGCCUUUGCCAAAAUUAUCAUCUUAAUGAUAGAUUUGCAUGUUCAAGAAAAUGAGUAACAGAUGAAUGAUCAUUCUGAGUCACUAGAAUUAAAGAGUCCACCUUUCCCCGGCCCCUCCCCCCCCCCCCCCCCCCCCCCCCCC